AUGCACCAGCAAUUAUGCAGGACAUGUUUGCAGAUAAUUCCCCCAUUAACCACCCCCUCCCCCUCCCCCUUCCCCUCGCCCUCCCUCCCCGCAGCGAUGAGAGCCGCCCUGCUGAUUCAGCGCUGGUACCGCCAGUAUGUCGCCCGCAUGGAGAUGAAGCGCAGAUGCACCUGGAACAUCUUCCAGUCUAUCGAGUAUGCAGGGGAGCAGGACCAGAUCAAGCUGUACAAUUUCUUUGGCUACCUCAUGGACCACUUCACGCCAGCCAGCAGCGAGAGGAAUCUGAUCUCCCACAUCUUCAGGGAGAACGAGACCGGCUGGGACUCCGAAUGGGAGAGGUACUUCAGCUACCAGAACAUAGAGGUGCCAGAGCUCUACUCCGGCCCCCGCCUCACCUUCCCGCUCACUGUCAACCAUGCCGCCGACCUGGUGGAGGCCUUCAAGAACAAGCAACAGCUCCAUUCUCGAUACGUCCUUCAGCUUCUCCUGGAAACCUGGAAACUGCUGAGAAUCCUGCCCAAUAUCAACCAGGUGUCCACCUGCCAAAGCAAGGAGAUCACCAUCUGUGGAGACUUACAUGGCCACCUUGAGGAUUUGCUGUUAGUAUUUUAUAAGAAUGGUUUGCCAUCAUUGGAGAAGCCCUAUGUCUUCAAUGGAGAUUUUGUGGACCGAGGCAAGGACUCCAUUGAGAUUCUCCUCAUACUGUUCGCAUUCCUGCUGGUGUACCCCAACGAUGUCCACCUCAACCGCGGGAACCACGAGGACCACAUUGUGAACCUGAGGUAUGGCUUCACCAAGGAAGUGUUGGGGAAGUACAGGCUUCACGGCAAAAGAAUUCUGAAGCUGCUCCAGAAGAUCUUCAGCUGGUUGCCCCUGGCGACAGUCAUUGACGAAAAGGUGUUGAUUCUCCAUGGGGGGAUUUCUAACACCACUGACCUCAGUGUUAUCGCCAAUGCGGACAGACACAGAUACAUUUCGGUGCUGAGGCCUCCCAAGAAGAAAAAGCAGGCGUCAAAGAAGCAGCUGUCCAUGGACUGCGAGGGCGGGGACGAGGACAUGUUCGGGCCCAGGCCGCGGAUGCGCUCCCUGACGUACUCCAGCCCCUCGCGGCCGGUGCACAAGCUCCAGCGCCACUCGCUGCAGAGCCUGUCCAGCCGGGUGCACCACUCCGUGGAGGAGGAGCUGCGGGAGCGCCGGCGCCAGGCAGGCCUCAGCCAGUCCUACGACAACCUCCGCGGCUCCCUGUCCUCCGACUCCGACCCCGACCUGGACCUGGACCCCUGCGACGGGCCCGAGGCCACCAGCGAGGAGUGGAAACAGAUUGUGGACAUGCUGUGGAGCGACCCCAUGCCUCAGGACGGCUGCAUCCCGAACGAGGUGCGAGGCGGGGGGUGCUACUGGGGGCCCAACGUGACGGAGGCGGUCCUGGGCAAGCACAAGCUGCAGCUGCUGAUCCGCUCCCACGAGUGCAAGCAGGAGGGCUACGAGUUCUGCCACAACCGCAGGGUCCUGACCAUUUUUUCGGCCUCCAAUUACUAUGAGGUAGGCAGCAACAGAGGAGCCUACAUCAGGAUGGGCCCAGAUCUAGUUCCUCAUUUUGUUCAGUAUCAGGCCAACCGUACAACCCGGGAACUCACCCUAAGGCAAAGCGUGAGCUGGACAGAGCGGUCUGCACUGCGGGCCCUGAGGCAGCAGCUCUUCGCACACAAGUCUGACCUCAUCAGUGCCUUCCAGGAGUAUGACAAGGAGAAAACAGGCUGGAUCUCCCUGAACAACUGGGCCACGGUGGUGGAGACGGUGCUGCGGCUGGGACUGCCCUGGAGGGUGCUGCGCUCCCAGCUGGUGACCAGCAGCCAGGAUGGCAUGCUGGAGUACCAGCGCUGGUUCCAGGAGCUGGCCAUCAAGGAGCCCGACACCGACCUCGCGCACCAGAGCUUGCUGGAGACGAUGUACAGGCAUCACUCCAACCUGGAGACCAUCUUCAGAAUCAUAGACACAGACCACUCAGGCCUCAUCUCCCUGGAGGAGUUCAGCCAGACAUGGAAGCUGCUCAGCUCUCACCUGAAGACGGAGAUCAGCGACGAGGCCAUCUCUGACCUGGCGGAGAGCAUCGACUUCAACAAGGACGGCAGUAUCGACAUCAACGAGUUCAUGGAGGCCUUCCGCCUGGCAGACAAGUCCAGGAUGGAGAGGGGGGACAGUAUGUUCAUGAGCGCAACGAGCGAGCCGCUGCAGUCAGAGAAUUCCUCCUCCAGCACCUGA